UGGUGACAUCCCUUAAUCCUAUAAAUCCCAACCCCCUCAUCUCUGCUACUCAUUGCUUGAGAUUAAAGUGGGAAUCCGGCAAUGGAUUUUUUCCAUUCAGUCACACUAACUUCAACUGUGGCAAUAAUUGGUUUUCCGCUACUGUUUCUUUUCUCUUUUCUAUGGAUCUCAAGAAGAAACACAUAUUCGAAGAAAACAGCACCAGAAGCUGGUGGAGCAUGGCCUAUUAUUGGUCAUCUCCGCCUCUUAGGAGGGCCACAACCACCUCAUAUAAGCUUGGGUAACCUGGCAGACAAAUAUGGAGGAAUCUUCACCAUCAGGUUGGGUGUAAAUAGAGCUUUGGUGGUGAGUAAUUGGGAGAUAGCUAAAGAAUGUCUCACCAUAAACGAUAAAGCGUUUGCCACUCGUCCAAAGCUUGCAAGCUCGGAAAUUUUGGGUUACAACUGUGCCAUGAUAGCCUUUGCACCGUAUGGACCUUAUUGGCGUCAAGUGCGAAAAUUCGCCACUAUUGAGCUCCUCUCAAAUCACCGACUCGAAUUGCUUAAACCUGUGCGGGAAUCCGAGGUGAAGGCAUCACUGCAACAAUUAUACCAGCUGUGGAACAAGAAGAAAAGUAGAAACUGUGGCAAAGUAAUGGUGGAGAUGAAGAGAUGGUUCAGAGAUGUUACUCUUAACGUGAUACUAAGGAUUGUUGUAGGGAAGCGAAUACCGAAUUCAUACGAAGGAGGUGAAACCGUGAAAUGGAAGAAGUCGUUGGACGACUUGUUUGAACUAACUGGAAAGUUCGUGGUAUCGGAUGCCUUACCGUAUCUGAGAUGGUUGGACGUUGGUGGCGACAAAAAGCUUAUGGAGAAGGUAGCCAAAGAAUUGGACCAAGUUGUGGAGGAAUGGCUACAAGAGCACAAAGAAAAGAGAGCUGAAAAUGAGGCAAACAGUGAGGAAGAUUUCAUGGGAGUGAUGCUAUCUAUUCUUCGUGAUGCAGAGGAGCACAAUGCCGAUACCAUCAACAAAGCCGUCAGUCUCGCACUUAUCUUAGCGGCUGAAGAUACUACAUCAAUUACAAUGACAUGGGCUUUAUCUUUAUUACUCAAUAAUCGCGAUGCAUUGAACAAGGUCAAACAAGAACUAGACGUUCAUAUUGGUAAAGAUAGACUCUUAAUUACAGAAUCAGAUACUAAAAAAUUAGUAUACCUUCAAUCUGUCAUUAAAGAAACAUUACGCCUUUAUCCUGCUGCUCCACUUGCUGUAAUCCAUGAAGCCAUUGAAGAUUGCUCAAUUCAUGGAUAUGAUGUUUCAGCUGGUACUUGGCUUAUUCUCAAUCUUCAAAAGAUACAACGUGAUUCACAGAUAUGGAAAGAUCCUUUAAAAUUUCGACCAGAAAGAUUUAUGACUACCCAUAAAGACAUUGAUGUAAAGGGACAUGAUUUUGAACUUAUUCCAUUUAGCAGUGGUAGAAGAAUGUGCCCUGGAGUUUCGUUUGCUCUCAAGAUUUUAGAACUUACAUUAACUAAUGUGUUGCAUUGGUUUGAAAUCGAAACUCUAUUAAACGAAGUAGUUGAUAUGCGUGAAGGUCCAGGAUUAACUAGCCCUAAAGUAACUCCAUUAGAGGUUAAAAUAUCUCCUCGUCUUCCUACUUUUGUUUACCAAUCUAGCAAUUAAUUACUAUUGUUUGUUUGAUUUUAGACCUAUAUUUAAUAAAUAAUAUCCUCGUUUUCCUACUUUUAUUUACCAA